UUUCAGUUCAGGCUAAAUCAGUGAAACGAAUUCAAGUUCUGUAAAAAAAAUAUGAACCUGAUAUCAUUUUACACAGAAUCUAAGAGAGUGAAAUGGAAAAAGCCCUUUUACUACUAAUGGUGAUUGAAUUGGUGGCUUCUUCUAAAUACCUUAUUAGUACAUCAGAGAAAGAAAAAACAGUAAAUGGAACUAAGGAAAAUGCAGGAACGAUGAAUGGAACUAAGGAAACUGCAGGAACGCUGAUUAGAACUAAGGAAACUAAAGGAAAGGAUUAUUCUUUGCAAGAUAUGAUACAGUAUAUGGCAAAUAAUGACCUGGAUUUCAUGGAAAAGGCGUGGAAAGCCCUGCUUACAUCAGAAGAAAGUAGUUCAGAAACAGAAAGCUAUGAAGAAGAAGAACCAGAAGAAACUGUAUCAGAAGAGGAAGAUUCAGAAGAUUUUGAAGAUACUGAGGAGGAAGAUACAGCUGAUAAUGAAGAUGAUGAAAAAUGAUGUGGUAAAAAUUACGUUAAUGAGUUUUUAAUAUGAUAAACUUAAUAUUACAUGGAUUUAAUGAAAACUCGGAUUUAUUACAACACCAAAAUAUAGUAAACUGAGGAUGGAA